UUUUUUGUCGAUUCGAGUCCGAUUGGUCGCGAAUUUGUCAAUUGCAUCGAGUUGUAAAUUCAUUUCGUCGUAAAACAGAAAAAGUAACAAUUUAUAGAGAUACAUUAUUCAACAAGCAGUGAUUUUAGAAACUGAAUACUUUUUAUCUUACAUAAUAAAGAAGGUAACUUUUGAGCAUUCAACAUGAACCCGAUGUCAAUGGACAGAGAUGAACCUUCUUCAUUGUUAUCAUUUUCGACCAACCAUCCUUUGGAGCAGUUCGUGUUAUUAGCAAAAGGAGCUAAAGGAUCAGCAUGCGCGGAGCUCAUCAAACAGGUUUUAGAAGCACCAGGAGUCCAUGUAUUCGGAGAACUUCUGGAAAUGCCGAAUAUAAAGGAGUUGGAAACCGGACCUUACGCUACCCACCUGAAGACUCUAAACCUAUUUGCAUAUGGCACAUACAAGGAUUACUUAGAGAACAAGGCUGAUUUCCUAGAGCUGACUCCAGCACAGUGCAAGAAGCUCCAACAUCUGACUAUCGCAACACUGGCCACACAGGAAAAAUGUAUUCCUUACAGCGUGCUGCUUAAAGAGUUAGAUAUUAAAAACGUGAGGGAUCUUGAGGAUUUAAUCAUAGAGGCCAUAUAUGCUGACAUAAUCCACGGUAAGCUGGACCAAGAAUGCAAGCGAGUUGAAGUGGACGUCGCUCUCGGCCGUGACGCUCGCCUUGAAGAUGCCUCAGCUAUAGCCGAUGUGCUAGCAGACUGGUGUAAUGCUUGUGAAGCUGUUCUGAACUCUGUGGAUAGGCACAUACAGCGUGCCAACCACCAUAAGCAAAGGUCUAUUAGGCAUCAACAGGCUAUUGAGCAGGAGAUAAUGUACAUAAAGAAAACAUUAAAAUCUCAAGCAGAGAACGAUGAAUCGGCCACGGGCGGCGGCAGCGAGACUCAUUCCGCACCAAAGAAGAAUUCUGGCAAAGGCAAGACUCCCCGUAAUGCCGCCAAGUUCUGGCAGAAGAACACAUAACUGCCAACCUGGAAUCAUAGAUAUUUAAACAAAUAAUAUUGUAAUUUUUGUGAUACUGUUAAUAAACACUUAAGUAUGCUCUC